AUGCUGAUUGCCGAAGGCCUUGACGUCAAUGUGCAAAACGACCGUGGCCAAACGCCUCUCCAUGUAGCCGUACAGCAAGGAAAAGACUUUGACUGUGCUCGUUUACUUCUAGAACACGGCGCAGACGCUUUCCAGCAAGACAACGAAGGUCGAAGCGCAUUACACUAUUUCUACAAUGAAGUAGUACGGCAGCAUCUACUCUACUAUGCUGAUGAUAUCGACCCUUGGAUGCAAGAUCGGAGCGGUAUGACUGUAUUGCAUUGGGCAUCAUGGAGUCGUAGCUCGUCCCAUCAAGCUUUCGUAUGCAUUCCAGACAAAGCAAAGGGAUCGUCGUGCUAUGGCUUGAAAGACGUGUACGGAAAGUCUAUGUUGCACUACGCCGUACAAAGAGGUAAUGCAGAUCUUAUCGCCUUCUUUCUCGCCAGUCCAGAUGCAGCAGCCAUGUCAAUGCCGGACUUUUCUGGAAAAUCGUUGCUUCACUAUGCUACGGAAAGCGGCCGGCCGGAAAUGAUCGACAUGAUGCUGGAGAGAGGUAUCGACCUCGACACUAUCGAUGACCAGGGUCGCACGGUACUUCAUCAUGCAGCUAUGCGCGGUAACCUUGUCGCUACUCAACGUCUCAUACAGCUGGGUGCAACCCAUCAGUUAAGCUACAAGGACCAUAACAAUCAAACCCCUGCUGAUUUGGCAUGUCAAUAUGCUUCAGAGGCGGUCCAAGAUUACUUCGAAACGCUUGGCCACUCGGGUAUCGAUGGUAGAAAACGAGACGUUUGUUUGCCUUCCGAGACAGCUAGCUCGGGCCAAAGCGCUGACAGGAUGAGUUGGAACAUAGCUUUGCUAAUGCUUCUAGCAUUCGCGACAAUGUACUGGAGUAGCCAGUUGAAUGCUCGCCGUGAGUUCAAGGGCGAGUUCGAGCGGAUAACACACUGA